CCUCAAUCAUAGAGAUAUUACUGAGGACAUCAGAUAUCCCUUUCUUUGCUUGACUACGUUUGCUGCUGUUUGAGGUGGAGGUAAACACAAAUCAUUAAUUGGAACAUUCCGAGGCUCCCGACCGAACAGCCGCGGCAUCUUGCCACUGUGGGGAAGACGAUACAGCGAGCUGGCCUCCACUACUGCACUAACUUGAAGUACCAUCUCGUUCAAUCAUCUAUCUAACAAGGGUUUGAACACUGUUGGUCUGUCAAGAGCCAGGAUUUGAUCAACAAUUUAUACCAAUAGAACACUGUCGCCGCAGAAAUGCCUGUUCCCACGGAAGACUACAUCAGUGACUCCUGGAAGGAGGGUCUCUUCACAAACAAAGUCGUCUUCUGCACAGGUGGCGCAGGCACCAUCUGCAGUGCGCAAGUUCGCGCUCUCGUCCGUCUAGGUGCGGACGCAUGCAUCGUCGGCCGAAACGUCGAGAAGACGGAAAAGGCAGCCAAGGACAUUGCCACUGCUCGACCAGGAGCUAAGGUGAUCGGCAUUGGCGCAGUUGAUGUGCGCAAGUACGAUGAUCUGAAGAAUGCCGUCGAUCGCUGCGUCAAGGAGCUCGGGGCUAUCGACUUUGUUAUCGCCGGUGCGGCGGGCAACUUCCUGGCUUCGAUCCAGCAGCUGUCGGUCAACGCUUUCAAGUCGGUGAUUGAUAUCGAUGUGCUGGGAUCGUACAACACCCUCAAAGCGACGAUUCCUCACCUCGUCGAAUCCGCGAAGAAGCACAGGGUUGACUCGGAGACUCUGCGACCCUCGCCGCUCGGCACCGGCGGACGCAUCAUUUUCGUCAGCGCUACGAUCCACUACCGCGCAAUGCCCUUCCAGGCGCAUGUGGCCGUCGCCAAAGCCGGCAUCGACGCCUUGUCUCACACCGUGUCUAUCGAGUAUGGCCCGCUCGGGGUGACUUCGAAUAUCAUCGCUCCUGGGCCAAUCGCUUCCACAGAGGGUCUCGACCGCCUCCUACCCUCUGAUAUAAAAGAAACAUACACCAAAUCCCAACCCCUGGGGCGCUUCGGCUCCGUCCGUGAUAUCGCCGAUGCGACGGUCUACCUCUUCUCAAAUACCGGUAGUUAUGUUUCUGGCCAGAUCCUCGUCGUUGACGGCGCGAGUUGGCGCAUGUCGUCUGGCGGUGCGGCGUACGGGCAGCUGCAGUAUCCGGAUUUCCUGCUCACCGGCGACGCAGUUCAGAACGUCAAGGGGCAGAAGAAAUCGAAGCUCUGAUUGGGUUGUAUACUUUUGAAAGAAUGUUUUUCUCUUUGUUCUCUCCGUAUAGAUUAGUUCCCGCCUGCUCUACAGUAUUAUUAUAAGACAUGCUACGCUUUGCUCCGGG